UAUUACUUUAGCUUCCAGCGCCGCCAGACCUUUACGGACCGGAAGAGUCCUUUCGUCGAAACAGCUCGGUGAACACUUCCGGAAGUGAUGCCCAGGGUUCCGGGAGCGAGCUGGCGGGAGAGGGGAAAGGCAGCGGUUGACACGGCAGCUGGAGGAUGAAGAAGGAGCAUGUUAGUCACUGUCAGUUCUCCUCGUGGUACCCGCUCUUCCGAAGCCUUACCAUCAAGAGUGUCAUUCUCCCACUUCCUCAGAAUGUGAAAGACUAUUUACUUGACGAUGGGACCCUGGUGGUUUCAGGAAGGGAAGAUCCGCCAACAUGCUCCCAGCCAGACAGUGAUAACGAAGCAGAGGAAACACAGUGGUCUGAUGAUGAGAGCACAGCAACACUUACGGCACCAGAAUUUCCUGAGUUCACCACUCAAGUCCAGGAAGCUAUCAAUUCACUGGGGGGCAGUGUCUUCCCUAAGCUUAACUGGAGUGCCCCAAGGGAUGCUUACUGGAUAGCAAUGAACAGCUCUCUGAAGUGUAAAACCCUCAGUGACAUCUUCCUGCUUUUCAAGAGCUCUGAUUUCAUCACUCGCGACUUCACGCAGCCAUUCAUCCACUGUACUGACGAUUCUCCAGAUCCUUGUAUUGAGUACAAGCUUGUCCUCCGAAAAUGGUGUGAAUUAAUUCCUGGGGCUGAAUUCCGAUGCUUUGUCAAGGAAAACAAGCUUAUUGGUAUUUCUCAGAGGGACUACACGCAAUACUAUGAUCAUAUUUCUAAACAACAAGAAGAACUUUGCAGAUGCAUCCAAGACUUUUUCAAGGAACACAUACAAUAUAAAUUCUUAGAUGAAGACUUUGUGUUCGAUAUAUACAGAGACAGUAGGGGGAAGGUGUGGCUCAUUGACUUUAAUCCAUUUGGGGAAGUCACAGACUCACUGUUGUUUACUUGGGAAGAGCUGACAUCGGAGAACAACCUAAGAGUUGACUUCAGUGAAGGGGAUGCUCAGGGGCAGGACUCUCCAGCUUUCCGCUGCACAAACAGUGAAGUCACAGUACAGCCCAGCCCCUAUCUGAGCUACCGCCUGCCCAGGGACUUCAUAGACCUUUCCACCGGGGAGGAUGCCCACAAGCUCAUAGAUUUUCUUAAGCUGAAAAGAAAUCAGCAGGAAGAUGAGUGAGUGCUGUUUUGAGAAUAAGUAGAAGAAGGAAG